AUGGAUUUAACUGCCAAAGAGGAAAUGAAACCAGAAAUAGAUGAGCCGGAUUAUGUGAAAAUGGAGGUUGAGGAGAAACCGGCAGAACCUGUUAUCCCUGAACCGGAGCCUCAACCUGAAGAGGAACCUGUUAAAAUAGAACCAGAACCAAUCAAAGAGGAAGUGAAGCCUAAAAAGGAAGAAACUAAGGUAGAACCGGAAUCUGAUGAAGAAAAACCUGUUCCAAAACCAGAGGUGCUGAAGGAAGAAGUUAAAGAGGAGAUUAAAGAAGAACCAAAAGAAGUUAAAGAAGAGAGUCCAAAGAAAGAGUCUCCCAAAGUGGAAGAAAGGGAGCGUAGAACUAGACGAGAUGGCUUAAUUUUUGACGAUGAAAGACCAGCUACUCGGGAAUAUACUGCCAAGUCCGCGUGCCACGACCGAUCGUCCAGGUCCAGUAGAAACACUUGCACAAACCAGGAUUCUUUGGAUGAUAAAACUGAUGAUUCGCAGGACAAACUGCCAACCAACAAGGAGAAAGAUAAGAAGAAAAUGACUCGCGAGGAGCGUAAAAUGGAAGCUAUUAUGAAAGCGUUCGAGCGCAUGGAGAAAGCGGAACAGCGAAAGCAGGAGGUGAAAGAGCGGCAAAAGCGAAGAGAGUCAGACCCUCACCCCAACGCAGUGGACAAGGAUGAUGAUGAUGACUUCCAGUGCAGCUCCAAGAAAAGGAAGAAACGCAAAGGCCGAGCCCGAACCACUUCCCAAUCCAACCGUCGUCGGCUGAACUCUGCCGACAGCGACAUGGUGACGUCAGGAGACGAGCCACGAACGCCGCCACGAGCGACACGUAGGGACAGCGCGCCUCACAACAACGAGUCUGACAGGAACAACGAUGGGAUCAACGAGGUAAGUCGCACCAUACACUUGUAG